CGCAUACAAUGUCACAAGAUGGCGGAGAGUACGGAACUGAAGCUCGCUUCCACGCACUGUUUUCAGAAGAUGUGUUGUGACGACAUAUGACAACAUAAGGAAUCCUUUGUGAUGGUUAAAAUCCAAACAAUCAUUCCUUUCCCAUUUUUCUUGACUUUACCGACGACAUUUGUUUCACAAGUUAGCUCUUAUGAGUACACACAGAUCUGUGUGACGUUUCUUGAAGUUAAGCACUUUCGACCUGGGCAGACUUUGAAGCUAACUAGUAUAUAAUGACUUUACUUUAAAGUUGUCCAAUGUUAAGGACAGGUUGUUUGAACAAACCCCUAGCAUAGCCUGUGUUCUCGUUUGUAGUGCGUUCUUCCCGGCAAGCGUAGCAGAAUAGGUUCCUUAACUUGACUUCUUUUCCUCCCAGCAAAUGGUAAUGAGCCUUCGAGUUUCAGAGCUGCAAGUAUUGUUGGGCUUCGCCGGACGGAAUAAGCACGGGCGCAAACACGAACUUUUGACCAAAGCUCUGCACUUAGUAAAGGCUGGUUGCAGCCCUGCCAUGCAGAUGAAGAUUAAGGAGCUCUACAGACGGAGAUUCCCGACCAAAAUGGUUUCGCCGGUGGACCUGGCGCUGCCCGGCGUCCAUUCCGCCUCCGGUCUUCCCGCGGGCCUCUUCGACAGCCACGGUUCCCCCUCGCCGCUGUUGCCUGUUUCACUGCUGGGGCCCAAGCACGAGCUGGGUCUGCCUCACCUGCCCUCUGCCCUGCACCCCGUUCACCCCGACGUCAAACUGCAGAGACUGCCGUUCUACGACGUGCUGGACGAGCUCAUCAAGCCCACCAGUCUGACCUCCGACAACAGUCAGCGCUUCCAGGAAGCUUGUUACGCCUUCGCUUUAACGCCGCUACAAGUUCAACAGAUCAGCAGCUCCAUGGACAUAUCGGGGACCAAAUGUGACUUUGCUGUUCAAGUCCAAUUAAGGUUCUGUCUAUCAGAGACGAGUUGUCCCCAGGAAGAUCAUUUCCCUCCAAAUCUAUCUGUGAAGGUGAACGGCAAGCCCUGCAACCUCCCCGGCUAUCUUCCUCCCACCAAAAACGGAGUCGAACCAAAAAGACCCAGUCGCCCCAUAAACAUAACGUCCCUCGUGCGGCUCUCCACUACGGUCCCCAACACAAUUGUAGUUUCAUGGACUUCAGAAAUUGGGAGGAGUUUUUCCAUGGCUGUUUAUUUGGUAAUGCAGCAGUCGUCCGCCGUGCUGUUGCAAAGACUACGAGCCAGGGGAAUCAGAAACCCCGACCACUCGAGAGCUCUGAUCAAAGAGAAAUUGACGGCAGACCCGGAGAGCGAGAUUGCCACCACCAGUCUCCGAGUGUCUCUUCUCUGUCCCCUCGGAAAGAUGAGGCUGACCAUCGCGUGCCGAGCGUUGACGUGUUCCCACCUCCAGUGCUUUGAUGCUACGCUUUAUAUCCAGAUGAAUGAGAAGAAGCCCACGUGGGUGUGUCCAGUGUGUGAUAAGAAAGCGCCAUACGAGCAUCUCAUUAUUGAUGGGUUGUUCAUGGAAAUCCUGAACAGCUGUUCUGACUGCGACGAGAUUCAGUUCAAAGAGGAUGGGAGUUGGGCGCCCAUGAGGUCCAAAAAAGAGGUGCAGGAGGUGUCUGCCUCCUUCUUCGGAGUCGACAACGAUGUGCCUCAAACAGAAAGCCAUGAGCAGAAACGGGCGCCGGCCAACGACAACAGUAAGAAGGUGGACGUGAUCGACCUGACACUGGACAGCUCGUCGGAAGACGAGCUGGAUGACGAGCCGCCUCCGAAAAGGCCCUGUCCGUCGCUGUCGCCCAUCUCUCCACCUCCGACAAAAGGAGUGCUGAACCUUCACAACCAGACGUCACCGGUGACAAGAGCUCCCAGCAUGCCCCCAUUAGAGACCAGCUACAUUCCUCCACCUCCGCCACUCAUUCAGGACUACCGCCACUUCUAUCACUCAGCCAGUGACCUGCCGGAUCUGAAUUUCUUCUCCUUCCUCCAAGGCGACAAUCAGCAUUACAACAUGGUGAUGGCGGCGGCGGCGGCCGCCUCAGCUUCGGAGGACCCGGACCUGCUCCUCAACCGCUACCUGCCCUACGGCUCGUCGCCCAUGCUGCGGGAGCCGCCGGGCACCCCGGGCGGCAGCGCGCUGGCGGCCACCAACGGAGGCAGCAACAGCGGCAGCACCAGCAGUUUGGUAUCUUCCGGCAGCCUGCGGGACAAAGAGCGAGAACGCGACAGGGACAACCACACCAUCUCGGGACUGUCGAGGAGCUCGGUGGAAGCGGCGGCGGCGGCCAUUUACGGCUCCAUAUCCGACGUGAUCUCUCUGGACUAGCUCGCUCCUCCCUCACAAAAACUGACGCACAAGGGAGACACUGAGACAAGGAGGUCUUUGUAAAUACGGAGGAGAGAGCUGAACGAAUACAGUACUAUGUACAGAGAGGAAAAUCUAUUUUCGAUUUACUUAUCGUGUAUAUAAACUUAGGACGCGUCCUGCCUGUCCUGUGGGUGGCUUCAGUUCAAUAUUUUCGGUGAAGACUGAAGACUUUUUCCACACCUCUUCAUGUGGUCCUUUUAUUAUAUUGUACCUUUUGUACUUGCUUUUUACAGUUUUGUUUUGGAUAUUCCAUGUCAAUGGCAUUAGUUGAUUAUAUUAUGUGCACAGAACCCUCAUGAGGUGAGACCUUAUAGAACCCGAUAUUUCCCGUCAAAAACAAAAUGGGCAUUGUCACGGCUGUUCAAACAAGGAAAAAGGGUCACUUUUUUCGACAACAGAGUUUUGCCAUCACUGUAGACAUUCAUGCUGCGGUCGCUCACGUUAUUUUAAGGACUUAUUUAUGAUGUAAGUUAUGUUGGAUGUAUACUGUUGUUUCUUUUUGAAGCAGUCCCCCUCGCCUCAAAGUGUUGCCACUAGAAAUACAAAGCAGGUCCUUCUCUCUUCGCUUUUCUCUUGCUUGCUUGCUUGCUCGCUAUUUUGAGUCGGAGCAAGCAGAUUCUUAUCCAGCAUAAAUUGAAGCUAAGUAUUGUAGGGAGAUUCUUCCUCAGCGUGUGAAUGAAUGAACGGCGUCACCGUGCUAAUCAGAUAGAAAAGAGAAUUGACAUUUUCUCUCUUCGUUCAUUUCGCGUUAGAACUAUGUCAGCAAAGUGAAAAACGAUUUACCCGCACCCCUUUUCAGAAUUUUGGAGAGCACUUGCUUUCUCCUUUCAGACUCAGCACAGAAGUGAAGCAUUGACUAGUAGCGAGAGCGGUUUGUGGCUGAAAAUGGGAAAAGCUCACCUGUUUAAUGGCUGCUCCUCUGCUUUGAGAGGCCGGCCCUAAGUUAUUUGGGGUUUGUGUGGGUUGUUGUUUUUGGCCAAUUGACAAACUAUUUGGGACAUCUGCAUCCUCACAACCCAUCUUACUCCAACUAUUGAAGUCAACGUGAACUGCCUUCUUUUUCUCAUCUUAUUCUUACAAUUACUAUUAUUUAUUACCAGAUCUAUUUCCAGCAUUUGUUUGAUUUAUGGCUAUGCGUUGCUGUCAUUCUAUGUGAUAUUUCUUUUGUAAUGAAAUAAGUAAGGCUAUUUAAAAAGGACAUUGUUGCUUGACAUGCAUUGUAACAUUUUCCGUUUCCCUAUCAGAUGAUGUCAAUAACUCAAUAGAGGCUUUGAGCAUUUUGAACUGCUAAGAGGUCUACUGUGCUGUUUGAUAUUUAUAAGAAUUAAACAGAAAAAUGUG